UUUUUUUUGAAUGGUACUUAUUAACUUUUAUGUCUCUUUUUUUUUCUCUUAUUCCUUGUGAUUUUUCCUCCGCUCUCAUUACAAUUUUUUAUUUUUUUUCCUAUCCUCCACUCAUAAUCUCAUUAGAGACUCUCCGUCUCCCUCCUCUCUCAAUAAAAUCCCACCAUCUCACACCAUUGAACUCACUUUUAUUUUCACAUAUUUUGAUAUUUUGGGACACUUAAAGGAUUUGAAGGUAGCAAUUCUUUACUUUGACCUACACAUAUGCCUUAAUUAUAUAUAUAUGUGUGUGUGUGUGUAUAUAUAUAUAUAAAUUUUCAGCAUGCAAUACGAAGCCGUACCAAUAUCCCUAAACACAUAUAUUCGUUAUUUUGCAACUUUUAUUGCGUAUCGCUGCCCAUUGAUCCAUCUUUGUCACCUAGUCAUCAAGAACAUCAUGCAAAUCUAAUGGAAAAUUUCUCUUUUAGUCAAUGAUGCAAAAUCUACUACUAUAAAAAUAACCCCAUGGGCCUUGAUUUUCAUCACAGCAAAACCAAAGUGUUCUCUCAAUCUUCACAACUCACAUUGCUCGAUCUGUAUCAUUGUUUUGCAUUUAAAACAGUAACAUUUGUAGUUGCUACUUCUUAGCAUAAUUCUUCAAUUGCUGGAAUCAAUGGAAGGGGUUAAGACAACGGUGUCUCAAAGGCCACUAGUGAUCUUCACUAAAAGCUCUUGCUGCAUGUCCGACUCCAUCAUAACCUUCUUUAGGAACUUUGGCGCCAACCCAGCCAUUCACGAGCUUGAUCAAAUACCGAGAGGCCGAGAAAUGGGGCAGGCUCUUUCGAGGCUCGGUUACGAUCAAACGCCGGUGGUGUUCAUUGGUGGUAAACUGAUGGGAGGAGUUAACGAGGUCACUAGUCAUCACCUCGAAGGUUCCCUAGUCCCAAUGCUUAAGCGGGCAGGAGCUAUAUUUGUUUGAUGCCGUGCUUUGCAUUUCCAGCUAGUUAAUAAAUCAUGUUUUAGUACUUACAUACUGUGACAUUAGGUGCCCUCAUAUAGAGCUAGCUUAGGCUUAGUUCUAAUGAAAGUACUACUGAAUAAUACAUACUAUGUGGUUCUUUUCAA